AUGUCGCAUUUUCCCUCACAUCAAUCCCAAAUUCCUCAUCAGAAUCGAGCCGAAUCCGUGACUUUUGAGUCAGAGAUCUCGAUGAGUGUUGUCACAAAUGACACGAUGCUCAGACAAGAUCGGCGUCGAUCGUUUCUCGAGAGACUUCGCGGCAAUGAUGAGGAUGCGCUUUUGAAUGAGACAAGGAAGAAAUAUUGCUGUGGAGUGAUCAACGUCGAGCCGGUGCUUCUAUUGAUCACAAUCUCGACGGGCCUUUUCGCCACUUCUCAACAACUUUUCACCUAUUGGGCAAGAUGUGUGGAAUUGGCUGGGGAAAUGUACCCUGAUGAGACGAAUGUCUCUUCUCGUUGUGCUCUCAUCGCCGCCGACAAUGACACGAGAUUGCAGGAUUUGGUCGAAAAGGAUAUAUCGAAUGCGAGAAUUUGGUUGCAGGUCGCUGGCUCGUUGCCGACGAUUCUCAUUGCUCCUCUGGUGGGAACGUGGUCAGAUCGAUCUGGCCGAAAACUUCCCUUAAUUUUCUCGAUGGCCGGCUUCAUUUUCUACUCGAUUUUCUAUCUGAUCGCUACGUUGAUGUAUGAGAGAACGAAUAUUUACUAUUGGUUCUACGCCUCCGAGAUUGUGAUGGGUUUUUGUGGAGGAGCGUCAUCGCUUUUCGCCACAAUGUUGGCCAUUGUCACCGAUGAUUGUCGACAUCAGCUGAAUCCGGGUAGCACGAUGGUCCCAUUGAGGAUCGGAGUUGCAUCCGCAAUUCAAUCAUUCGGUGGACUCAUCGGGACAUUUGUCGUCUCAUUGUUGGCCGUUCCCGCCAUCAAAAGCAUCGAGCAACACGCGCAAAGCUACACGCAUUGCGCUUUCAUUCAAUGCAUCUUCAUGGUGGCAGCAUUGAUCUACACGAUUCUUUACGUGAAAGAGACCCAUCACCCGCAAAAUGAACCCUACACGACAGCGGCGAGAUUUGGCGGAUACGUCGUUCGAUCCGAAUCGGAAACUUCAUCCGAGGCGGCGAAUCGAAAUGGAGGAUGUGGAAAAGCAAAAGGAUUAAUCGAUUCAUUGAUUGAGGUAAUGUGCGAGCCUCGACCGGGCUGGACCCGUUUUUGUUUAAAUCUCUCGAUUUUCUUCAUUUUUGUCGAGUUUUUAGCGCUUGAUGCUGGCCUUCUUUUCCUUUUGGUGAAAAGACAUCCAUUUUAUUGGACGGACACUCAAUUCUCGAUCUACAAUGUCGUCAAGGGUUUCUUCUUUUCGUUUGGCAUGAUCUUAGGUCCACUCCUGCUCGUUAAAGCGAACAUUCUUGGGAAAGAUUCUCUUUUGAUCAUCACCGGUUCCGUCUUUUCUGCAAUCUCUUUCUUAAUGCUCUCCGUCGCCACCACGUCUAAUGAAAUCUAUGCAACCGCAUUCAUGGCCUUAUUUGUGGGCGUGAUCGCUCCCGGUUUUCGCUCAUUUCUCCCCAGAAUGGUCCCCAAGGAGCAAACAGCUCGAUUGUUGACUUUAAUUGGAAUUGUGCUUGCAUUUUGCCCAAUUGUCUCUGCGUUGAUUUUCAACAAUAUUUUCAACGCGACAAUUGAUUGGUGGCCGGGUUUCGCGUUUCUCGUCGCUGGUGCAGUGCAAUCGAUUGCAGCGAUUGGACAGGGCGUCAUCCAUCAUUUGAUGAAGCCACAAUGGAAAUUGGAUCGAGAGUUGAGAGAACACAGGAGAAGGUUGGGAUUGGAAGAGAACUUCGAUGAACAACAACAAGAGAUUGUCCACGUGCAACAACCGGGUAGUGAAGAACGGAGUGUCUCCAAUACGGCAGUUGGAUCGGAUUUCCAAGAUGAAGACACAAAUCAUUUGGUCACA